UGGUGGCUUUACAUCCAUUAAAAGGAAAAAGGAGGAGACCUUACAAUAAUUUCAAUCACAAUGAAUUAAACAUAUUUCAAAAGUCUAACUGCAGCAAGAAGAUUUACUUUUGGAAAGCGGGUUAAACAUAUUUUCAGAAAUGAUGUCACCACAAUUUAAGCCGGGCUUCAGCUACACGUUGGUUUUUAUUCUGUUCUGCGACUGUUUCAACAUAACUACAUCGGUCACUCACUAUUCCAUACCUGAAGAAAUGAAGGAGGGAUCAAUCGUCGCUAAUCUAGGUGCUGAUUUGGGACUGGAUGUAAAAGCUCUGAAUACACGGAGGAUGCGUCUGGAUGUUAUUGCUAAUAAGAAAUACUUGGACGUGAACAAAGAGACAGGGGAAUUGUACAUCGUCGAAAAAAUUGACAGGGAGAACCUCUGCAUAUCAAAGACAACAUGCUUUCUUAAAAUGGAUGCAACACUUGAGAACCCAAUCCGAAUGUUCAACAUUGAAUUGGAAAUAUUAGACAUUAAUGACAAUGCGCCUCAUUUUCGAAGAGACACGAUGCAUCUGGAUAUAUCUGAAUCAACGCCAGCAGGCGAAAGGUUCGCAUUAAACAAUGCAGUCGAUCCAGAUAUAGGUCUGAACUCGAUUAAAACCUAUUUUCUCAGUGAAAGCGAACACUUCGAUAUUGAAAUUCAGACUGGUCGAGAUGGCUCCAAGUUUACUGAUUUAAUUCUGAAAAAGCCUUUAGACAGAGAACAGCAGGCUGCUCAUAAUCUAAUACUUACGGCGGUCGAUGGUGGAGCUCCUACCCGCUCCGGCACUGCCCGCAUUAUUGUUCGAGUGCUGGAUACAAACGACAACUCCCCUCAAUUUGACAAACAAAAUUACAGCAUUUAUAUGACAGAGAACUCUCCGAUUGGGAGCCUUGUGGUUAAACUUAAUGCUACUGAUUUAGAUGAGGGAUCUAACUCAGAAAUUGUGUAUUCAUACAGUUUAUAUACAUCAGAAAAGGCGCAAGAAACGUUUAGCUUGAAUGUGAACACUGGUGAAAUAAGAGUGAAAGAAAUGCUGAAUUAUGAAGAUUUAAGGGUCUAUAAUAUGGAAAUCAUAGCUCGGGACAAAGGCGUUAAUUCGUUAUCGGGGCAGUGCAAACUAACCAUUAACGUGACAGAUAUGAAUGACAAUCAUCCCGAAAUAUCGAUUAAAUCAUUUCAGACUCCCGUCAAGGAGAAUAUCGCUUUAGAUACAGUAAUAUCAGUUAUUAGCGUAAGUGAUAAAGAUUCGGGGGAUAAUGGAAUUGUUGAUAUCAGUAUACAGAAACAUUUACCCUUUGUGCUUAGGAAAUCAUCUAACAACUAUUUUGAGCUGGUAGUCUCAGAACCACUGGACCGUGAGAAGGUUCCAGAAUAUGACAUCACAUUCACUGUCACAGACAGAGGUACUCCUCCUUUAUCAGAUAAUGAAACUGUGACUUUAGAGCUGCUGGAUGUUAAUGACAAUGUUCCUCAGUUCCCUCAGUCCUUCUAUACUAUACGUGUUAUGGAGAAUAACGCCCCUGGGGCCUUGUUGAGUUCCCUCACUGCGUUUGACCCAGACCUCCAUGAAAAUCAGUAUCUAGUGUAUUUUAUUAUAGAGAAGGAGAUCGCCAACACCUCCAUGUCCAUGCUGUUCUCCAUCAAUCCAGAGAACGGUAAUCUUUACGCACUCAAGACGUUUGACUACGAGAUGGAGAAAGAGUUUCUUUUCCACAUUGAGGCCAGAGACUGUGGUGUUCCUCCACUCAGCAGUAACGUGACGGUUCACAUCAUUAUUGUGGACCAGAACGACAACACACCUGUCAUUGUCUCUCCGUGGCGCGCGCACGGCUCUGUGGUGGAGGAGAAGAUCCCCAGAUCCACGGAUAAAGGCUCUCUGGUUGCCAAGGUGAUAGCCAUAGACACUGACUCGGUGCUGAACUCUCGGAUUACAUACCAGUUUCUGCAGGUGACUGACGCCACCUUAUUCAGUCUGGACCAAUACAACGGAGAGAUCCGGACCAUGAGGAUGUUCAGUUACAGAGAUCCACGUCACCAGCGUCUGGUUGUUGUUGCCAAGGACAACGGGGAGCCUGCGCUCUCUGCCACAGUCACCAUCAAGCUGUCCACAGUGGAGACUGCUGUCAAGGCCUACUCUGACAUGACUGAGGUGCCUCUGGAAUAUGACAUCUUUUCAGACUUAAACCUGUAUUUGGUCAUCGGUCUGGGCUCGGUGUCAUUUCUCCUCUUGAUCACCAUAUUGGUCACCAUCGUGCUGAAGUGUCAGAAACCCAAGGCCAGCAAAGCGGCACCACCCUGUAGGAAUAGUGUGAUCAGUGAGAGGAACUCGACCAUCGCAGACUCCACCCUGGUCUCCAACGAUGCCUACUGGUACAGUCUGUUUCUAGCGGAGACCAGGAAGGGAAAGCUGGUGGUUCGACAGCCUCUGCCAAAGGGCUCCAGGUACAUUGUGUCCAGUAUACCAAGGAGCACAGGGCUCACAGAGACUAGUGACUCGGCAGCUUCCACUCUUCAGGUGAGAGUCAGUUCAUGA